AUUUUCCUCUUUUACAUGAGCAUUUGCUCUGACCCAUUUCUUGGCUGGUCGCUCCUCAGUCCUCAGCGCAGCAUUUUCUCGACUAGUCAAUCUCUCCGACCUUGCGAGAGCCGAGCGAUCCCCGAAACCCCGUCCUCCGCCAUGUUCCGCCGCGCCACCGCCGCCCUCCUCCGCCAGCCUGUCCUGGCCUCCGCUCGCGCCUCAGCUCGGGCUCUCUCCACCGAUCUGCCGGCGGCUCCCACCGCGGACUCCGCAUUCGUCGAGGCCUGGAGGAAGGUCACUCCCAAUAUCGAGCCUCCCAAGACGCCGCUUUCCUUCAUGCAGCCCCGGCCACCCACUCCGUCCUCCAUCCCCACCAAGAUCACUGUCAAUUUCGUCCUUCCUUAUUCCUCUGAGCUCUCGCAGAAGGAGGUCGACAUGGUCAUAAUACCGGCCACGACUGGGCAGAUGGGUGUCCUUCCAGGGCACGUAGCUUCAAUUGCAGAGCUUAAACCUGGAGUCCUCUCGGUUCACGAAGGCAACGAUGUGACAAAGUACUUCAUAAGCAGCGGCUUCGCAUUCAUCCAUGGGAAUUCCUACGCAGAUAUUAUUGCCGUUGAGGCUGUUCCUCUCGAUCGGAUUGAUGCCGGCCUAGUCCAGAAGGGCCUGGCGGAGUUCACGCAAAAGUUGAGCUCGGCCUCGACCGACUUGGAGAAGGCUGAGGCCCAGAUAGGAGUGGACGCCCACAGCGCUCUCAACUCAGCCCUGACCGGCUAACUUCCUCUCUGUGCACGAGUUGUGUUUGCUAAUUCUCGAUUUUUCGGCUCUUUUUUGUUUUUCGUCAUUAUGUAUUAUGUGCUAGUGAAAGGACAAUUUGCCUUUAAUAAGCAACAUUUGCUUUCAUAUUGGAAUUAUUGGUGACUCGGAAUGCGAACUUGAUUGAAUAAUAUCCUUCAAUUAGAAUUCCCCUUUCAAUAGGAA